CCCGAUUCAGUAAAAAUCUUAACAGAACUGAUAGAAAUCAGCGAUCGGAUCCCCCAAGACUGUACCUUUGUCGCAUCCUUUUCUCAUUAUUAUUUAUUUUGAGGAGAAUUCAAACCCGGGGGUCUUUUUUCUUUUUUUUUUUUUUGUUUCUGUCUGGAAUUUUUGAUUGAUUUGUGCCUUUGUGAGCGUCGACUUGGGUUGUUGCUUUUCGAUUAGUCUCUGGCGAGGGUUUAGCGGAUUGACGAAAGAAAGAUGGUGAAUUCUAUGGUGGAAAGAGCGACCAGCGAUAUGCUGAUCGGUCCAGAUUGGGCUAUGAAUAUUGAGAUCUGUGAUAUUUGCAAUCACGAUCCCGUACAAGCAAAAGAUGUUGUAAAAGGUAUAAAGAAGCGUCUUGGUAGCAAAAAUCCAAAAGUUCAGCUUCUUGCAUUAACAUUGUUAGAGACCAUUGUGAAGAACUGUGGUGAUAUUGUUCAUAUGCAUGUCGCGGAGAAAGAUUUACCUCACGAGAUGGUGAGAAUUGUGAAGAAGAAGCCAGACUUUCAUGUAAAAGAGAAGAUAUUGAUUCUAAUAGAUACUUGGCAAGAAGCUUUUGGAGGUCCAAGGGCGAGAUAUCCCCAGUACUUUGCAGCAUACCAGGAUUUAUUGCGUCUUGGAGCCGUGUUCCCUCAGAGAUCUGAGAGGUCAGCUCCCGUUUUUACACCACCACAGACACAUCCUCUGUCAUCUUAUCCACCAAAUAUGCGUAAUCCUGAAUCUGGACCGGAUGCAGCUGAAUCUUCUGCAGAAGCUGAAUUUCCAACAUUGAGUUUGACAGAACUUCAAAAUGCACGUGGUAUCAUGGAUGUCCUUGCCGAAAUGCUGAGUGCUUUAGAUCCUGGUAACAAAGAGGGACUCAAGCAGGAGGUAAUUGUUGAUCUCGUCGAACAGUGCCGUACCUACAAGCAAAGAGUGGUACACCUUGUUAACUCGACUUCGGAUGAAUCACUAUUAUGCCAAGGACUAGCACUGAACGAUGACUUGCAACGUGUACUGGCUAAGCAUGAAUCGAUUGCCUCUGGAACUGCCUCUACUCCAUUGGAGAAGCCAAAACCUGAACCUGCUAAGUCUUUGGUUGCUGUUGAUGCACCUCUUAUUGAUACUGGUGAUAGCAAACAAUCGGACAAAGGAUCUACAUCCAGUGCUAGCUUAGGGACGCAGUUAUUGCUCCCUGCUCCUCCAACAACUAAUGGUCCGGUGAUGACUCCGACAAAGGCUGACCCUAAGAUAGAUCUUUUGAGUGGAGAUGACUUCAACUCACCAACAGCUAAUUCACUGGCAUUGGUUCCUGUGGGACAGCCUCAGCCAGCAAGCCCUGUUGCAUCUCCGCAGAAUGCUCUUGCUCUUGUCGACAUGUUUUCAGAGAGUAGUAAUAAUCAACGAUUGAACUCCACCGGACAAGCACAUUCUUCAUCUGUCCAAUUUCAGCAACAAACAAAUUUCAAUUCCCAACAACCUUCAUUAUACCCUAACGGAAGUGUUUCUGGUCCUAUGCAACCUCAACAUGAACAGUCACUUUACUCGCAAGGUUCUGCUUCUGCCUGGAAUGGACAGAUGACCCAGCAACAGCAGCCACCACCCUCACCAGUUUAUGGUGCUCAAAGUAGCAGUAGCCUCCCCCCUCCGCCAUGGGAAGCUCAACUAGACAGCAGCAGUCAGCCUGCUGUUAACCUGCCUCAACAUAUGCAGGUUACUCAAGUUGAGGUUGGUAGCAACCAGCCAUCGCCAAGUGGAACAUAUUUUCCAGGACCACAAAAUGUGGUAAAUGACCAGGUAGUAGGAGCGUACAACGGUGGGCAUCUUACAGCAAUUAACAACCCAGCGAUGCCAAGUAACCAAAUGGGGGGCUUGCAUUCUCAUCCCGUUGUUAUGUAUCCUCAGCCGAUGCAAUCUGGGCCGAUUGGUUAUAUGUACCCUCAGCAGAUGUACGGCGCUCAAAUGGCUGGUUAUGGUUAUGGCUACGGCUAUGGCCAAGUUCCACAACAAAAUGCUCAAUUCCUUCAGCAAAGCAUGUAUGGGUUGUCUGUGAGGGACGAUACGGGGCUGAGAAAUUCUUCCUACUCAGUUUCCACUUCUUCCUAUGUGCCUGCUGGAAAGCCUUCCAAGCCAGAAGACAAGCUAUUUGGAGACCUUGUUGACAUCUCUAAAUUCAAAGCAGCAAAGACCAAAUAAGGGAGAAGCGGGAGCAGGGGAAGAUGGCAUGCUUUGUGUCGGCCAUUGUUGUUUUGUAUGCUAGUUGGUGGCCGAGCUUAGUUUCUGGUUUUCUUUUUGAGGGUAUAUUUGAGUACGAUAUGUUCUUCGCCUUCACUUAUGUGUGUUGUCUGCAUUUUUCUUCAUUUCUCUUUUGCUUUUUGUUUCUUUUUAUUUUUUUGGCGAUUGUUCUCUCGUUAGAAUCAUGUACAUUUCAUGUAGAAAGGAAACUCGCACCAAAGAAAGGGAAAAAACAUUUUUUUUUUC